AUGGAGAUCGUGGCAGUUGAUCGAUGGUUGCAACUCUCAGCGGUUGAUGAAGACGAGAGCGAGGCUGUAGCCAUCAGUUGCGUCGAAUUUUUACUAUCGGAGACCAAUGCAUACUACCAACAGAAAUGCCUCGCUCAAGAAGUAUUUCGAUCCGUGAGCUCUCACUUACGGAACAACGUUCUGGACACGGUCUGUGUUGCGGUUCUUGAAGCUGAACAAACGAUGAGCGACGACCGAUUUCAACCGGAUAGUAGGCCAGAAGCUGAGGUCAAAGACCGACACGCGGUGCGCUGUGUCCCGUCCAAAAGUCCUGACAAGUCUGUGUCAACGAUAAGCACACUACUGCCCAAAAUGUCAUCAUCUCCAGCUUCCCGUGUUGGCAGCUCACCGGAUAAGUUGCGAUCUCGUGCAGUGGUGUCACCCACGCGGAGGAAGAGAAAACCUAGCAAAGGAGAAGCGGAAAAAGCCAUGCCUCCUAUUCACAUAAUCGAGCAAGAUGGAGACCCGGACGAUGAGAAUCCCGAAACAAAAGCGUGGCGUGACAAAUGUAUAAAAACUCUCGAGACAUCUACUAAAAAGACAGGAUUUGCAAAGUGGGCGAAUCUUGCUCGAGUAUUUGCAGUCCCUGAAACUCGAGUGUCGAUGGAGGCUGGUACGAUUUCAGCUCCUCCUCCCAAUGUAGUGGAGGCUCUAGCGGCAACACCUGUAGUCAUGAAAACCAAUGUGGACAGCUUCUCUUCGAUUUCCGACCAUAGUGAGAGUAUUGAGGUACCCAGUGACGAAGCCACAAGACGGGCAAGCCGUCGACUAUCCGUCCUGAGCUCCCCCGCACGAAGCCUCCAGCCAAUGUCCAGUAUCGCUGAAAAUUCGCAGUCCAAGCGAAGAUCUCAGUCAGCACACGUUAGCGAUUCGACUGUACAGCAGAAACGAAAGACGACACUUCUUAGUGACUCACUGUCACAUCAACGGAUGACUCGGAAGUUCUCUUCGACGGAGUCUUUGGCUGGAAGUCCCAAUAGUACUAGUAGUAGAAGUCUCUGGCACUACGAGAUGGAAGCUGGUAGUGCUACUAGCCCACGGUUUGAUGUUGAUGGAACGGAGUUCAAUGCAACUACCCUAGCGGCUACAAUGAGUGUGGCUUCAGGCGUGGUCUUACUCCAGGGUGAGUCUGUUGUAGAAGGUCCUGAAUGGGUUGAUGGAGCCACCACCAUGUCUCGCAAGCGCUUUGAUCUUCAACAACGUCUAGCUACCGACGCCUUGCUCAAUGCUUCGUCGGAAAUCGAGCUUUAUUCGCCACGAUGUUCAAGUCUAGGUUCACCGCUACUCUUCGGUCACUACCCGGCUUCGCCGAUGUCUGAGCUCCACUUCCGCGAUUACGAAGAAGUCCCGCCAGAGCCAAUUCCAAUCCCUCAACUGUCGCCGAUUUCUACAUCUUCACUUGCGAUUCCUCGAACGCACCUAACAGCUUCGCUUUCAACACCAUCUCUUCGAGUGCGUACAGCAGCAUCAAGCGUUAAAGCUGGCUGCUCACUGAAUAAUAGUAUAUCGCGCGACAAUGGCAGCAGUCGAAGUACUGGUACGGCUAGUAGCAGCAUCAGCGGACAGGCGAGUUUGGGGACAUUUAAACCCCGUCCAACUACUGCUUUGAGAGCCAUUACUGCACCUCCGAAGAUAGUAUCGGGCCGUGCAAGAGCAUCGUCUGCAGCUCCGGGGAAGUCUAGACUCGCGGCACAGUCGAUGAAAAACAAUGGAACGGCUUCAGCAAAGUAUCUACGCGAGUUUCCGAAGCCAAAAACAGGAGUUGUACGUGUGGUUAGCGACCAAGCUGUAGGAUUGUUAACCAGUGUGCAAGACCGACAACGGACCGCAUGGAUGUCCUAG